AUGUUUCUAUUCCAUCUAUUUUUCCUAUUUUCCGCAAGUUUCCAAGACAAUUGUCCAUUUGAAGAAUGGAAUCAAGUAAAUCAGAAGACCUAUCGAAAUCAAUCGAUAUAUUCAGGUAAAUAUUGAGCGCGCACAAGCAAUUUUGAAGAGACAAUUGAUUAAGCCCCGCCCCUUUCGCACAAAAACAAUAGCAGUACGCACAACCCGUCAACCGUCUGCACAUCAGAAAUUUAUAUAUUCGCGUGUGUUGUGUAUUUAUCGCUUUCAGGCGGUGGCGAAGCUAUCGCCAAAAAUUUUUUGAAUUGAAAAAAUAUAUUUUUUUUCUCUUUGACUCUUCAAAUGUGCAUUGCAGAAUGGUCAAAAACUCGGCGACUUCAAAUGCAAGAAGGUGUCCCACCAAACAGUCUUCAACUCGUCUCAGCUUUCGUUUAUUCCGAUUUCAUAGCAAUCACCACCACCUAUGUUGGCUAUAAAAAUGUGGGCAGCCCCGUUCGCUGUCGCUACUUCGAUUGUCAUCGCAAAGAGCUCCGCGGCUCCACAUUCGCCACCACAAUUUUCCCGAUAGCUGUGGCGCAUUGCGCGAGAAGAGCCAACGCCAAAUUCGUCACGCUCAGUUUCGAAAAUUCGACUUCUGCUGAAGAUCCGGAGCCGAUCCCACUGAUUUUCCGCGCGUUUUCGAAUCCACCUCAUGAGUUGGCAGUUUGUUCGGGACAAUUUUUUGGCAGGGAGCCAAAGUGGAUUGAGGUUAUCGAGCACGUCGAACAUCAUAUCAUGUUGGUGGGUUUUUGCUUGAGAAUUUGCUACCUUACAUUUUUCUCCAGGGUGCCACACAAUUCUACUUCACAAUUCUUGAUGUUUCCAAGUACGACAAUCGGAUUUUCAUCUACUACGAUCGUCACGGUAUUUCAGAAACCACCACUUAUUUACUGGAUUAUAAUGCAACUUUUCAAUUUCAUGAACUUCAGCAAAAUGUAAGGCCUUUCUUUAACAUGAGCAAUCCUUGAAAAAUUUGAUUUUAGGAUUGUUUUUAUCGCAGUCGUCAACACGCCAAAUGGGUAAUCAAUAUCGAUAUUGAUGAGCGCUUCUUCUUCACCCCAAAAAACAUCAAAUUUAUCGAUUUCCUUCGACGAAUUCCUGAAAACUAUGGAGAAUUGAGUUUCGCAGUUGCUAGAAUUGUGAAAAAUGAAAUGAAUAUUGAGAAAAAUCCGGAGAAUCCAGAAGAAUUGGAGGAAAAUUUACUGUUUUUAAAAUAUAAAAAUAUCACAAAUCCAGAAUGGUAUGGAAUCAAGGGAAUUUUCAAACCGCUCAAAAUUCAUCUGCUAUUUUAUCAUUUUGCUUAUGGCAGAGAUGAGGGUUCGAAAAUUUAUACGAUUUUACCGGAAAUCGGAUAUGCUCAUCAUUAUCGAAGUUCUGUACCAAAUAUGGUUGCAUCAAAUUGGAUCAAUAAUUAUAAGGAAUUCAAGAAAAUCGAGUUUGAUGAUGAUUAUUUGAGGAUUUUGAAGAAGAGAGUUAUGAAUACGAUUCAACGAGUUUAUACGCUGAAAACUAUGAGAUGUGAAGAUGUUUCUUAUCCAAAGAUUUAUGAUAUGAUUUAUGAAGGUUCUUGUGUUUGGAAAAAUGGGACGAGGAUUAAUAAAUGA